GGCCCACCUACAUCUGAGGGUCCUUGGCUGGGACGGUAGGAAACCCCGUGAGUUGGCGGGGCGGUCUCUCUUUCGGAUCCGCCAUCAACGGGUGGACCCAGCGGCACGAUGCAGAUUUUCGUGAAGACCCUGACGGGGAAGACCAUCACCCUUGAGGUCGAACCGUCCGAUACUAUCGAAAAUGUCAAGGCGAAGAUACAAGAUAAGGAAGGUAUUCCCCCUGAUCAGCAAAGAUUGAUUUUUGCGGGCAAGCAACUGGAAGAUGGACGGACUUUGUCUGACUACAACAUUCAGAAGGAGUCUACCCUUCAUCUUGUUCUGAGACUUAGGGGUGGUGCCAAGAAGAGAAAGAAGAAGUCUUACACCACUCCCAAAAAAAACAAGCAUAAGAGAAAGAAGGUUAAGCUUGCUGUUCUGAAGUACUAUAAGGUUGAUGAGAAUGGCAAGAUCAGCCGCCUUCGACGAGAGUGCCCUUCUGAUGAAUGUGGUGCUGGAGUCUUUAUGGCCAGCCAUUUUGACAGACAUUAUUGUGGCAAGUGUUGUCUAACCUACUGCUUCAACAAGCCAGAAGACAAGUAAAUGUAUAUGUGUUAAUAAAAAGAGUCAACUAUU